AUGAGCCAUUCCAAAAAUGAAAGUUUAACGACAAUAGUACCAGAUCAUCCUACUGAAAACCAAUGGAAACCACAACAACAACCGAGUAGACAGUCGCUAAACGCAUCAAUACAUGAAGAAGACGAGACUUCAACGAUAGGAUACAUAUCAAUAAAAGAUUAUGCGUAUCCGGAAGAUAAUUCUUUACACUACGGUUAUUUCGAGGAAGAGGAAGAUGACAAUGAAAGUGAAGAGGAUGCUUCUAGGAUAUAUAGUGACGAUGAUGAUACAGCAAACCAUCGACAAAGUAUAGUCCUCCCUAAGGACUAUGUAGUGAAUCAAUGGGCUGUUGCAUUGUACGAUUUCGAACCAGAGAAUGAUAAUGAAUUAGGGUUAAAAGAGAAUGAUAUCGUGUUUAUAAGUUAUAAACAUGGUCAAGGUUGGUUGGUGGCAGAAAAUGAGAAAAGAACACAAACUGGCCUUGUCCCCGAAGAAUAUGUUUCAUAUCUAGAGUCUGGAGAGGAAGACGUUGCAGCAACGAACGGUAGAACGGAGGAACAAGAUGAUGAUCCCGCUCGACCUUUCUACUUGACGCACAUGAUAACACAAGGUGUGCAAUUACCGCCUGCAGAUGCUGAACAAGAACAAAUAGAUGAUAUAAAGUAUGAUAAUAAUGUCAAUGAAGAUGAUGAUGAAUGGGAAGAUGUUGAUCAACUUGAAAACAAUAUUAAUGAGAAACUGAAUAUUUCCACAGAGUAA